AGCCCAGAGGUGCAGCCAGAGCAACACAAAGGAAAAUAUAGUUUUCAGUAAUAACUCUUCUUCACCAAUCCUUGGCUAGAAAUGGCUUUUCACUCAAAACGUUCUUUCCAAAGAGGAGAUCAAGUGGAAGUGUCUAGCAAUAUGGAAGGGUUUCUUGGCUCAUUUUGGCGAGCAACCAUAGUUGCAAAUAUGGGUACAAACUACGUGGUUGAGUACAAAGAUCUAGUGGAGGAACAUGAUGAAUCUACACUUCUGAGAGAGACUAUCAUGGCGAACCAGGUCCGGCCUCUGCCACCUAGAAUUGCGGCUUCUCGGUUUUCCGAUAAUAACAAGGUUGAUGCGUUUGACAGGGACGGUUGGUGGGUCGGAAAGAUUUCUGGGAGGGAAGGGUCUGAUAAGUACUAUGUUUUCUUUGAAACCACCGGGGAAGAGAUUGCUUACCCGAUUUCGCAGUUGAGGUUUCAUCUAGACUGGCGCAACGGGAAGUGGAUUUCUCAGAAGAAGCCUUCCAAAAAGAGGCGCAAGAUGGAUGAUGAAUAAUGAAUUUUUACGAUGUCCCAAUACACAACCCCUAUUAUGUACCAAAGAUAUGACGCUUAAUUCAAUUUGAUUGAUGGCUUUGUUA